GUAUAACAGUAAUUGCGCCGGAUUUACUUAAUUCUCUAUAAAAUUAUUGCAAUAAUGAACAUUUGUUUCCGGCAGUGUAUAUAUAAAAGCAUGAACAUCUAUUCACAGAUGUCAGUAUUUUCUAAGAAAAAGAUGUGUGUUUUUAUUACUAUUUUACUACUUGCUACUUGUGAUUUAUCUACAUCAACUGCAAUUUAUAAUAGAGAAAAUAAUAAAUUACAAAUAGGUUUCCAAAAUGCUAAAUUUUUUCUGGAGAUACAAGAUUGGCUGUUUAAAUUGAGAAACCAAAUUCACGAACGAUUAUUUGGAUUAACAACUACGUCAGCGCCUUCUUUGACAAUUGAAAUAUUAAACUUAGAUAAAUUUGAAUUACAAAAUGCAAUAAAAAAUCAUGGAUGGCAUCUAUUAAAUUUAUCCAUCUUAUCUUUUGAUCCUAAUCAAGACUGGGGAUUUCGUAUUGGUGACUGGUAUUUUAUACAAAAAGGAUUUAAUCAAAACGUAUAUGAGGAUAGUUCUGAUGAAUUAAAUUUUCAAACACCAAGUACCAUUAAGCCAAAAGACACGACUAAAAUAGAGACUGAACAGACUUUUGACUUUACAAAUGAUCCAGAAGUUACAGAAUCAUCGCAAACGAUUUCAUCUAUAACCACGCCUGUGACGCAACAAAUUGAUCCGCAAACAACGAUAAGGAACACUGAACAGAUUGAUUCUUCCGAGAGCUCAUCAUUAACAAUGAAAGAGUUGGAGAGUGAAACCGAUAGCGACUUUGUUCACAAAGGGUCUGUAGAAGUUCUUAUGGGAUAGUAUAAUAUUUUAUGUCAACACAUAACAACAUCUCAUAAUUUCUUUAAAUCCGGCAUUUUUAUUAAAUUGAUCAUUUUUAUAUGAAAAUACACAUUCAUGUUAUUAGAAUAUGUUUGUAUAUCAUAUAAUGUUCUCACAAUGCUUAUGGAUAAAAUGUUAUAUAAACAGUGAGGUAUGAUAGAAAAGGGUACUGAAAUGAAUUGUUUCUAUCAAGAAGAGUACACUUUUAUUCUAUAAAAUUUAUCAUAAUUAUCUGGGGUAUUCAGUAAUUAUAAUAAUUUCCACAUCCCUGUUGAACAAAUCGUGGUCUUCAUAAU